AAUUUCAGGGGUUUAGGGUUUAAGGAUCACUCAACAGCUUCCUUGACCAGAUUUCGGGUUUUAGAAUGGCAGGAGUUUCUAUCUCGGAGUGCAAGGAAUACCUUGUUGCAGCUUUCCGAGCUGAUAAUUUGUGCAGAUUGGCAUCCUUAGGUGUGUCGCUGGUUUCUUUGUGCGUCCUUCGUUCAGGGUUUUCAUUUUUGAUUUCUCGCGAACGCAUAUGUUCUUUCUGGGAUUAAGUGCAGUAGUGGCUUUUAUUCACCACUUUGUCAUGAUCAAUCCGACGAUUCGACGGUAAUUGUAGAUUGCGGAGAGGAGUUUCGGAGCUGGUUGAGCGCGUAAGACCUGCGAGCGCACCUCCGUCACGAAAUCAUGAUGCUGCGGAGGCGUGGAGUGAGCUCAAUAGUGAGAGCCGUAGAUGCGUCGUGGCGCUGGAGAUGCGCACAGAUUCAGUCGUUUCAAAGUAUUGAAUCUUCCAAUACAGCUUCUGAUGAACGUGCUUUACAACGCCACAUUCAUGGGAGGAGUGUCUCGAAUUUCUCUACAGUUGGAGAGCCUUGUCUGAUAGCUGCUCCAGAGGUACCGUCCGUGUGGCGAACAUUCCUUGCCAGUGGUCAGGUUUUCCAAGAAGAAGUGGUAGUGGGGGAAGUGAAGGUGAGUUUUGAGACCGGGAAGCUAGCCCGGUUUGCAGCAGGGGCUGUCGUGGUAAGAGUUGGCGAGACGAAAGUGCUGGUUACAGUGGUGGCCGACCACAAGCUGGAUGCAGGCAAGGACUUUCUGUCCUUACAGGUGGAAUACCGCGAGAAGCAAUAUGCUCAAGGGAAAAUUUCGGCCACAUUUAUGCGGCGUGAAGGCGCGCCUAAAGAAAGAGAACUUCUGUGUGGCCGCCUUAUAGACAGGUCGGUUCGACCACUUUUUCCUCGGAGUUUUUUCUAUGAUUCUCAGAUUAUAGCCAAUGUGCUAUGCUCGGACGGUGAGCAGGAUCCUGAUGUCCUUGCUGUUAAUGCAGCCUCAGCAGCCCUUAUGCUCUCAGAUAUUCCCUGGAAAGGUCCAAUUGGUUGCGUGCGGAUUGGUAGGGUGAAGGGGAAGUUCAUCGUUAACCCCAACAUGGAUGAGUUGAGUGUGAGUGACUUGAAUCUGGUAUAUGCAUGCACGACAGAGAAAACGGUGAUGAUCGAGACGCAGGCUCGUGAGAUCACAAAUCAGGAUUACAUAGCUGCUCUACAUCUGGCACAUGCCGAAACUACUAAGUUGAUCCCUCCGCAGCUGGAAUUGGCUGCUAAAGUGGCAGUGCAUAAGCGGCCUCUGCCAGUGCUUAAUGUUCCACCUGAAGUGUUAGAGAAGGUCAGGUCUCUGGCUGAGGUUGCUAUCGAGCCUGUGAUGGGCAAUCCUCUAUUUGGCAAAUUUGAGCGUUGUCAAACUCUAGGCAAGAUAGAAGAGGAUGUGAGGAAUGUAUUAGUUGCUGAAAGCGACGAAGUAUCCGUAAAGCUUUUGCCCUAUGCAUUUGAUGCAGUGAAAAAGGAGGUGAUGCGGCGAAACAUCUUCGACAAAGGCAUAAGGGUGGAUGGGCGAGGCCUUAAUCAGGUGCGUGAAUUGCAGUGCGAUGCUGGGACGUACCCGUCCCUCCAUGGCUCCUCGUUAUUCUCCAGGGGUAACACUCAGGUUCUGUGCACAGUCACCAUGGGUACACCUGACGAUGCCCAACGUUUAGACUCUCUUGUCGGAGUCGACCGGAAGAGAUUUAUGGUUCAUUAUAGUUUCCCUCCAUUUUCCAUCAAUGAGGUAGGGCGUACAGUUGGUCUAAACCGACGAGAAGUUGGGCAUGGUACACUGGCAGAGAAGGCAUUGGUUGCGUUGCUUCCUCCAGAAGAGGAUUUCCCUUACAGUGUUCGUGUCACCUCAGAGUGUUUGGCAUCAGAUGGGUCAUCUUCCAUGGCUACGGUUUGUGGUGGUAGUCUGGCAUUGAUGGAUGCAGGUAUUCAUUUACGUUCACAUGUUGGUGCUGUCUCGGUAGGGCUGGUGAGCGUCAGUGAUCCAGCAACGGGGCGUGUAACCGACUACCGAAUUCUUACUGAUAUCUUAGGGUUAGAAGAUCACCUUGGUGAUAUGGAUUUCAAAAUAGCUGGAACCAAGAAAGGUGUCACAGCCGUCCAGCUUGAUAUAAAACCUGCGGGCAUCCCAUUGCACAUUCUGUGUGAGGCGCUGGAGCCUGCAUUAGUCGGCCUCAGGGCUCAAACAUUAAGAAUAUCCAGAGAGUUACUGAUGCACGGAUAAGUGUAUCGGGAGAUGGAGUAGUGACAAUUUUUGCCAGGGAUCAGGCUUCGUUUGACCAGGCAAAGCAAAUGGUUGAAGCAUCAGUAGGGAAGGAAGUGGAAGUGAGAGGCACCUAUUUAGCUCGAGUAGUUGCGAUCAAG